CGCCAAUAUUGAUUGCGUUGACACUUGUUGCAAGUAUGCGGAAAGCCUCAAAUCAUAUCCAACAUAAAAAAUUAAAAAUACUAAAUACAACCAAGCACUACUCUUCUGAAGAACAGACCAACCAUUCCACCUCCCAUGCCUAUCUUCGUGCUCUGCUCUGUCUUGCAAACCCCGGUACUACACCAUAAAUCCAUCACCCAAUUUGAGUCACGUGCGGGUGCAUCUAUGCACAAAUGAUCUUUUUUACACUACGACCAUUCCUCCACUACACCAUGUUGACCCGCUCAUCAAGGCUACUCAGCGGAGCCUUCAGAAACAGAAGCAUACAGCUCGGUGCCUUGAGAAAGGUGUCGGAUGCUGCCAUCUCCUCGUCAGCCAACCCAGCCGAUCCCACCAAGAAAUAUCAAACACCAGUCACCGUGGAUAGAGAGUUUCCCGAUCCGUUUGCGGAAAAGAAACAGAACAGGAAGUAUUUCGUGGCGUACGGAAUCGGGGUAACGGUUGCUUGUAUCAUCAUCUUCAACUACGAAAAGACCACCUCGCCAAUCGUCACUUCCACGCUUUUCUUCAUGAGAAGAUCUAGCAUUGCCAAAGAGCAGUUGGGAAACGGCAUCGACUUUGCGAGCUCGUGGCCAUGGAUCUCGGGUACUUUGAACACCAACAAGGGAGACAUUGACAUCGCGUUCAAAAUCAAGGGUGACAAGGGCGUGGGGAUGUUGAAGUUGAAGGCCGAGAGAGAGCUGAGGAUGCACCCAUUCAAUGUGCACCACUUUCUCUUGGAGAUGGGUGGCGUGGACUAUGACUUGACCAAGGACCCAGCUGUCGAGUUCGACAUUUAGUGUACAUACAAUGUAAAUAGUUAUAAAAUUAAAUAAAGUGUGAUUGAUAAUUAAAAAAAGAUGUUACAUAACUAUACAUCCAAAGGAUCAUUUGACAUUAACAAAAUAUGA